AACGGGACUUGGACUGUCCACCUUACCCAUCCGUACCUUGCCUCACUCAGACCUUUGUGCCUCGCGUCCCAGAGGUGAACGGUACUAGGCCUCCAGCUGCAAGGUACUUGGUGACCACCUAGUUUGGGCUAAGUUAUCACAGCGACGCCUACUUCGGCUGGGUUGUUUUCGCAGUGGAAGCUUCUUCCUUGACAGCCUUUUCCUUUCUCUAUUACAUCUUCUUUUCCUAUCCUCCUUCCAUCACCAGGGUCGCCCAACCGUCGCUUCUUCAGCUAGGCCAGUCCUUCUCUAUUUACUUACCGUAUCUAUUUCUUCCAGAAGCAACAAUCAGCCAUGGCUAGCGAGGAAAGACCGUUGGGCGUGACGCCGCCCAUCUCUACUGCCCUUCCCACCGAGGCGGAAAAUCAAGCGAAGGAAAUGCUCAUGGAAGAGUUGAGGAAGCAGAAUACUUUUGAGAGCGCUGCGGAUACCCAAAAGAGAUACGAAGUCAUUGCGCACCUCGAGCGGAUAUGCGACGAAUUCGUGAAAAGAGUGGCACGGAAAAGGGAGGCAGGCAACGAAGCUCUCAUCAGAGACGCUAGAGGAAAGAUCUUCACCUAUGGCAGUUUUCGCUUGGGCGUCUUCGGCCCUGGUUCCGAUAUCGACACCCUCGUUGUCGCUCCGAAAUACGUAACACGAGCCGACUACUUUGAGAUCUUCCCCAAUCUGCUGAAGGAAAUGGCGCCUCCUGGCUCAAUCACGGAUAUGGCAGUGGUAGCCGACGCCUUCGUGCCAAUCAUCAAAUUCGAAUUCGAUGGCAUCAGCAUCGAUUUGAUCUUUUCUCGCAUUGCUAUGCUAAAGCAAUUGAACAAGGACUUUACUGUCCAAGACUCCGGCCUUCUUCGAGGUCUAGAUGAGGCUGAACUUCGGUCGCUCAAUGGCACACGGGUUACAGACGAGAUUCUCAGCUUGGUUCCCGAAGAAAGCACCUUCAAGUUGGCCUUGCGUGCCAUCAAGCUUUGGGCGCAGCGUCGGGCCAUCUACGCAAAUAUCAUGGGAUUUCCUGGUGGCGUGGCUUGGGCCAUGCUGGUUGCUCGCGUCUGCCAACUAUACCCCAAGGCCGCGAGCUCCGUCAUCGUCAACAAAUUCUUCCACAUCAUGCGCCGCUGGCCAUGGCCACAGCCCGUCCUUCUGAAGCACGUUGAAGGCGGCCCUUUGCAGGUCCGCGUUUGGAAUCCCAAGCUUUACAAGGGCGAUCAAUUCCAUCUGAUGCCUGUAAUCACCCCGGCCUACCCUUCCAUGUGCGCCACGUACAACAUUACCAGGUCAGCCAUGACUGUCAUCCAGCAAGAGCUCAGCAGAGGAUGCGACAUUACCGACAACAUCAUGUUGGGCAAAAGCCCCUGGAGCGAUCUGUUUGUCAAGCAUACUUUCUUCACCAAGGGGUACAAGUAUUACAUCUCCGUCAUCACUGCUAGCACAGACAAAGAAGCACAUAAGAUCUGGUCAGGCUAUGUGGAAUCCAAGGUCCGUGUUUUGGUUCAAGGCUUGGAACAGCACCAAUCGAUAGCUUUGGCCCAUGCAUUCAACAAAGGUUACGAGCGUCGGCACAGGUGUACGAACGAGGCAGAAAUUUCUCAGGUUCAAGCUGGCAGUUUCUCGUUCCUAGCAAAGGAUAGCGACGUCAAAGAAGAAGACUUUGAGCAAGAGGGAAAGGUCGAAGAGGUUCAGCCGGUUGAAACGAAGCCCGACUUGAGCGGCAUCCCAGGGCUCAAGACGGAACCCACUAACGACGCACAUGGGCUCAAGACUGAAGAAAAUGAGACACAGCCAGGUGUGAAGACCGAAGGAGUCAAGUCGGAAGACGAUAAUUCCAAAGCUCCCAGUCAGAUCCCGAAGCAUAACCCUUAUACCGACGUCUUUACCACCACGCACUACAUCGGGCUGACCCUGAGCGAAGGCGCGAAAUCACUUGAUCUAUCCUAUCAAGUCGAGAACUUCAAGGCCUUGUGUACACAGUGGGAAAAGUACGACGCGGUUCUCAACUCGUUGAAUGUUCAGCAUGUGCGGAGCUUUAACCUUCCCGACGACGUCUUUGAAGCCAACGAAACGAAGCCUCAGAAGCCUCAGAAGAAGCGUGUCAUCCCGAACGCGAAUGGCGCGGCUCAGAUCAAGAAGAGGAGUGCUUCAGAGGAAAACCAAGAACCACCCGCCAAGCGCCAGCAAGCUUCUGUCACGGCUGCCGGUUGAGUAUGGACUUUGGACCAAAGCGUCCCACGCUAUCGACCCUAAUAAAGAGUCAUGUCUUCCUGCAACCUCUGUCGGCAUUGGUAGCAUCUUUUGCCUCUGAUCCACUGACCAAUAGGCCAAAUCACAUCUUCGAGUUUGACGUCCUCCAACACGGACUGUCUCGUACCGUACCAACACUGCAUAACACACCCAGAGAGAGAAAGCGAAAUAGACAUAAAAAAAAAAAAAAAGGAAGGGGGGAAGCGAACUGAAAGAGAGAGGAAAUCCAUCGACGACCCGGCAUUACCCUGAUGCCAGUGUAUCCACACUUUACCUGCAAGACCCCCUUCCAUAACCCAACUUUGGGUGGAGAUCGCAAAAGCAAAAGCAGCAACAUACUCGGUAUGUCUUGUGGGCUUUGGUAGGUUGCUCGUUCUGGCCUGAGACGAGCGGAGACUACUAAAGAGCAUCAGGAACAUUACUGUCGCCCACGAGGAUGCACUUUAGACAGGUACGCUUUGUAAUGCAGGGCGGAUUCAUUUUCUCUAUGCUUCUUCACGCAAACACGGGCAGGACCAUUGAUUCAAGGCGAAGCCAACUGUAUACUAGAUACCAUCGAUUUAGAGGAUUGACUAUGCUUUGUCCCCAAUCUCUGCCCUUGCCUUGCUCUGAUAUCUUG